CGUCAUGUUGAGAUCAGUGCUUUUCCUAUUCGCGGGCGUUUUCUUCGCUGCGUGCUUGACAUCAGUCAUGAGUGAUGAGCCAACGACGGACUUGCCGAUAUGCGAGCAGGCUUUUGGCGAUGCGGGUCUUUGUUUCGGCUAUAUGAAACUAUACUCGUACAACCAGGAGACGAAGAACUGUGAAGAAUUCAUUUACGGAGGCUGCCAAGGGAAUGAUAAUCGUUUCAGCACAUUGGCCGAAUGCGAACAGAAAUGCAUAAAGCCUUACAUGAACCUACCGAAAUGCAUGCAGCCUUUUGGUAUUACGGGCCUUUGCAUGGCCAGCAUCCAAAGAGACGUCAUGUUGAGAUCAGUGCUUUUCCUAUUCGCGGGCGUUUUCUUCGCUGCGUGCUUGACAUCAGUCAUGAGUGAUGAGCCAACGACGGACUUGCCGAUAUGCGAGCAGGCUUUUGCCGAUGCGGGUAUUUGUUUGGGCUAUAUAAAACUAUACUCGUACAAUCAGGAGACGAAGAACUGUGAAGAAUUCAUUUACGGAGGCUGCCAAGGGAAUGAUAAUCGUUUCAGCACAUUGGCCGAAUGCGAACAGAAAUGCAUAAACUAA